CGGCAGUAAAGGGACGAACUUCUGCCCGCCCCUCAGGCAACAAACUGAAAGCGGUGUGCUCUCAUUGCUGCCUCACUUUACCUAUUUCACAGCUAAACUGGAGAGCCCGUAAAGAUGCCCAACGCCACAGUCACCGUGUCCGAGUUUGUUCUGCAUUGUGCAAUCGAAAAGGACAAGAUGACUUUUACCAUCGUGGCUCUUGCCUUCAUCUAUCUGGUGACGCUGUGUGGUAAUCUGCUGGUAAUUGUGGUCAUCAUAUUAAACCCUCAUCUCCAGAGCCCCAUGUUUUUCUACAUUGGCACCUUAGCAGCAAUUGAUGUGGUGAACAACAGCAACCUCAUCCCUCGAAUGCUGGCCAUCCUCGCGUUCAAUGCCAACACUGUCCCUUAUGGGCCUUGCUUGCUUCAGCUCUCAGUGGUGUAUCAUUUUGGGGUAGCAGAAACUCUUCUUUUAUGUGUUAUGGCGUGCGACCGCUAUGUCGCUGUCGUGUACCCCCUAAGGUAUCCUUCUAUUGUCACCAAUAAGACGGUCUGCUUCAGUAUCUUCCUAGUGAAUGUUAUUGCAGCUGCCAUCCUCACCCCCUAUAUGGUUUUUGCUACAGAGCUUUCAUUUUGCCACACUAACAUCCUGCCAUACUGCUUCUGUGAUUUUGUUACAAUGGUUCAUAUUUCUUGUACCGAAGACCCCAGGCACCUCACUCUUUUGUCCACCACCACAAUAAUCACUGGUGUUGGAGGUUUAGUCAUUAUUCUGUUUUCUUACAGCAGGAUUGUCGUGGCUGCCCUGAAGAUCUCCUCGGCAGAUGGGAAGAAGAAAGUUUUCAGUACUCUUCUCACCCACCUUCUGGUGGUCUGUCUUUUCUAUCUGCCACUCAUGAUCUCGUAUAUAUUGCCAGGAGUUGGAGUGCGGCUGUCUGCAGAAGCUUACAAUGUGCUGGUCAUCAUAGCCAUUAUGGUGCCCCCCAUGAUGAAUCCUAUCAUCUACAGCUUCAGGAACAAGGAGAUCAAGGGGAGCAUUUACAGGCUGUGGACAAGAAAGAGAACAACACCAGACAGCCAUUAAUGGGAUCAUCCGGGUGGGAUGGUGCACAUGCCAUUCUGUUCUUUUAUCUUUCCUGCAAUUAUUGGGUUGGUAAUUUUUCCUUCAGAAAAAGAUUAAAUACAGCGGUAUCAUUCCAACUUAAUUUUAUGGAGUUACUUGGUUUGAUUUCUUUGUAUGUGUGGAUCACUUGGGUGGUUACCGACAUCUGGUGAAAAUGUCAUGUCAAUAGCCCCAUUAGAAAUAUAUUUACUGAGAAAAAACGUUGACGCAUUCAAAACUUAUUUUCCCCGCUGUAAGUUCCCUUACAGUAUUAACAUUCUUUAAAUUUGAAGAUAGGAUGGAUCAUGAACAAUUGCAAUUGGUGGAAUUACCUACUUAAACAGUCUGUCAUUGUAGGUGGCAAGAAUUAGAAGAAAAUCUCCGUUAUUUGGAAACUGUCUGGUAAGAAUGUCGGCUGGAAUUCAUUUCCACCAAGACGGGAUUGCACUUUUCAAAAUGAAGGCAGGACUCUUGAUCAAUGAAUGAAGGAUUGAAGCGGAUCUUCAAUUCAAAAGCUUGAUCCCUUGUUCAUGUUGUUUCCCUUGUGUGCACUGUGCCGAUUUUUAAGAUUAAGAACGGGCAAAAACAAAAUGUAUGUGUUUUGUGUGGUGUUAGCAUACGACUGUUUCACUUGAACUUUUGGGACACAAGAAAUGUGAGAUUCUUUCAUGGAUGUUUUCAUUUUGUGUUUGUUGUUUUUUAGCUUUCAUCUCCAUUAUUUUCCAUCCCAUCAGAAAGUCUGUUGUUUGUUCUCUGUGGAAAAUAUGAGAUUAAAUUUUUUUCUCAGC